UCUUCACUUGUCUGCAUCUUAAUUUCUUCUCUUUAAAUCAAUCCCUUCUUUUUGCACCUUCCAUUCUCGCCGACAUGUCCAACAAUAAUAAUCGACUCGCUUUCACCAAAGAUUUCUUCUCCUCUCCCGCUCUUUCUCUUACUCUCGCGGGGAUUUUUCGCCGGGGUGAGAUGGCGGAGAAGGGCGAUGUUGAGAUGGAGGAGGUUGACGAUGGCAGCGGAGAAGUGCGGCGGGAUGAUGCGGCGGAGGUUAGUAGCGAGAAUUUGGGACCGGUGAGAUCGAGAUCGGACGACGAUUUCGAGGGCGGAGGAGUGCAUGAGGAAAAUGAAGAGGGGGAUGGUGGAUGUCUUGUAAAGAGAAGGAAGAAAUAUCAUCGGCAUACCACCGAGCAGAUCAGAGAAAUGGAGGCGCUAUUUAAAGAGUCGCCUCACCCAGAUGAGAAGCAAAGGCAGCAGCUUAGCAAGAGAUUAGGGCUUUCACCAAGGCAGGUCAAGUUUUGGUUCCAAAAUCGUCGAACCCAAAUCAAAGCUAUUCAAGAGCGCCAUGAAAACACAUUGUUAAAAGCUGAAAUGGAGAAACUUCGAGAAGAAAAUAAAGCCAUGAGAGAACUUACCAAGAAAAAAGUUGGCUGUCCAAAUUGUGGCACUGCCAACGCUGCUGAAGACCAUACCGCCUUCACAACUACGGAGCAAUUGCGUAUUAAGAAUGCUAAGCUCAAAGCCGAGGUCGAAAAAUUACGAGCAGCACUCGGAAAACACUCGCAAUCAUCGAUCUCACCUUCAUAUUCGUCCGGGAACGACCAAGAGGCAAACCGAAACUGCUUAGAUUUUUACACUGGAAUUUUCGGCCUCGAAAAGUCGAGGAUCAUGGAGAGAGUUCAUCAAGCUCUCGAAGAGCUCAAAACAAUGGCUGUCACAAACGAGCCACUUUGGAUCCGUAGUAUCGAGACAGGACGAGAGAUUUUAAACUACGACGAGUACUUGAAAACGUUCCAUGUCAAGAAUUCGAACGCUUGUUGGCUCAAAAGACAUAUCGAAGCCUCUCGAGACACGACCGUCGUCUUCAUGGAGCCCUCGAGGUUGAUCCAAAGCUUCAUGGACGAGAAUCAAUGGAAGGAGAUGUUUCCUUCCAUGAUCUCAAAGGCAGCUACAAUUGAUGUUAUUUGUAAUGGAGAAGUUGCCAAUUGGAAUGGCGCAGUGCAAUUGAUGUUUGUGGAGGUGCAGCUGCUUACACCAUUGGUGCCCACAAGAGAAAUCUAUUUUAUACGUCAUUGCAAGCAGCUCGACGCUGAACUAUGGGCGAUUGUCGAUGUUUCGAUCGACAACGUUGACGAUACUAAUAUCGAUGCUUCGUUGAUGAAGUAUAGAAAACGUCCUUCUGGUUGCAUCAUUAAAGAUGAAUCUAAUGGCCAUUGCAAGGUAACGAUGGUGGAGCAUUUGGAAUGUGAAAAAACCAAAGUUCAUAACUUGUACCGCACCAUAGUCAACAAUGGCACUGCCUUUGGAGCAAGACAUUGGAUGGCAACGCUUCAACUCCAAUGCGAACGCCUUGCUUUCUUUAUGGCCACCAACAUCCCCAUCAAAGACUCAACUGGAGUUGCAACUCUGGCGGGAAGAAAAAGCAUUUUGAAGUUGGCAGAGAGAAUGAGUUCAAGCUUCUCCCAAGCAGUGGCAGCUUCAAGUUACCAAACAUGGACCAAAGUUGUGGGCAAAACAGGGGAAGACAUUAGGGUUUGUUCCAGGAAAAAUCUAAGUGACCCUGGUGAACCCAUUGGUGUUAUUUUAUGUGCAGUUUUUUCUCUAUGGCUGCCUGUUCCUCCCCACACUCUCUUCCAUUUCUUGCGAGACGAAGCUCGAAGGAACGAGUGGGACGCCAUGUUUGGUGGAGAUAAAGUUGAGUCAAUUGCAAAUUUGGCUAAAGGGCAGGAUCGAGGCAACUCAGUUAGUAUUCAAACAAGAGGAUCAAAAGAGAGCAGCAGCAUGUGGAUUCUCCAAGACGCCUCCACAAACUCCUCGGAAUCCAUGGUAGUCUACUCCGGAGUAGACGUUUCCGGCAUGCAGUCGGUGAUGACAGGCUGUGAUUCCGGCAGCCUCACAAUCCUCCCAUCGGGCUUUUCAAUUCUCCCCGACGGCGCUGAGUCCAGGUCCCUCCUCAUCACUCGCCAGAAGGACCACAAAUCUUCGGAUACCCAUGGUGGCGCUCUGCUGACCGCCGCCGUCCAAAUUGUGACCGACGCCUCUCCCUCUGCAAAACCCACGGUGGAUUCGGUUGAGUACGUUAAAAGCAUCGUCUGUUGUACGAUGAAAAAUAUCAGAAGCAGCCUGGGAUGCUGUGAGGAUGAUUGUUGAUAGAUAUCUUAUAAUUGUAAGUAAAGCUUUUAUUUUCCUUUCUCUCAUGUGGGUUUCUUUGUUUUGUGUGGAAAAUGCUUGCGGAUUGAGGUGAGAUAAUAUAACUUGCUUAAUGGAUAAAUACUUCCAUAUUUUAUUA